CUCAAUGCUUGUACUUCCCCGCCAGAGAGGUCCAGCUGACCAUCAGAGUGGGUUCGAUUCCCGACAUCUUGACCAAGGUGUCAGCCUUCGUCAAUACCGGAGAUGCGGUACCUGCCGUGUUCUCGGUGUCCACUAACGUCAGAGGACAUCCUUUACCGGACACUCUGCUCGAAGUCGACAUCCAAGGAAAUGUCAAGUGGAUAGAAAAACCUACUGGAGCAACAAACCUGACUGCCAAAAUCAAAGCCACCUUCCAAGAGAGUAAGGCAGAGACGGAAGUACACGUGUUCGUUCUCCCAGCGCUCAAAGAUCCUUGCAAUCCACCGCUAGAGGAGCUUUGCUUCGCGGAAGGCGCUAUCUACCAGGUCUCCGAAGACAUGAAAGAACCUAGGGCUUUGGGGGAAGUCGGUCCGGUGGAAACACCGUGCAACCAACCAUAUCCUCAAUACAGUAUUCGGCCAGAAAGGAUGGGAAAGUCCUCAAGAAGAACAGAAAACGCUGUUGUCUCCUUAUUCGGAAAGGAUAAUAGAACCCUCCGAGUGAACCCUCGGAAGAUCAAAGGCGACACGAAGCUCAUCCUCGAAUGCCGGAAGGACAAGAGGAAGGUCAACAAGACAAUCCUGCUCAAGUUGAUACCGACCAUGGUUCAUCUUCCUGUAGUACCCAAGUCCAGCAGGAGGCUCGUCAAAUCCAUAACCAAGGGCUCACACCUUCUUCUCACCUGGAUGGUCGUGAAGACAGGUAGCAAAGCCGAGUGGGUGCCUCCUUCAAACAAGCAUCCGCCUCACACUAUCAAGCUCCUCAAGUACGACUUCAAGACUGGGCUUGUCAACGCCACCUUACUUCUAAUGAACUUGACCUGGACCGAAGACGUCGUUACCAAAGGAAAAGAUGUCAACGUCACCGUGGCCAUUGCAAUCUGCGCUGAUGAGAGGAUGGACAACGCAUCUUGUACGCUGCGGACGUGGACGACCGUCUCAGUGGACAACCCCCCUCUGGUCCUGUACCCUCGAGGACCUAUCAGGAUCUCGCCUUCGCCGAUGGCCAGGGUGGCUCAGCCGAUGAACGCCAAGAACCUGACCUCCGUUUCCUUCAGCUCGGCCCUGCCGCUUCUCAUGGAGUCUCCCUAUCGAGUCACCGAGCGAGCAGGCAUCGUCUACCUCCUGCACUGGGACAGUCCCGCUCUGGCUCAGAUACCUGGGGUGCUGGUGGAGUGGAGCCUGAACAGCAGCGGGGCAGGGCUGGCCUGGCUGCCAGUUGGGCUCCAGCGGACCAACUGCACUCGCGCGCCCGGGGACCAGGCCCCCUGGGACGUCUGCUCAGAGGCGGUCAACGAGAGGAGCUGCUCCGCCACCUGCGGGAUGGCCGCCACUCCGAGAGGGAACGGCUAUUGCCAGUGGAGGGACGGCAAGCAGACCAACGUGACCAGGCUGUCGAGGAACUAUUCCACCUGCAGCACCGAGCUCCUCUACUGCCCGGACAGGUGGUGCGAUCCUCUGGAGGAGCUCAACCCGAUGAUCUGCUCCCAGGACUGCACUAAAGAGGUGACGCUAGGAACCACGGAUAACGGAACGGGAAUUGCCUCUGGGACCGGUGUGUGCACUUGCGAUAGCGUCGGCAAGUGCCACUGCGGUCCCAACCACAAGGAGAGGAUCGCCAAUGCACCCAAGAACCAGCCACGCCAGAGUCCAAAGCCUUCUCUACAGAAAAGUCCUGAGCUGUGUGACGUCCAAUGCUUCAUGGUACUCGGCAUCGUAGGAGUAUCGGUGAUCAGUGUGCUCGGGGUAUCUGUCUACGUCAUAGCUUACAGAGGCUGUAACUUCAGGAAGAAAGGAAGAGAAUCAAGCAGGGAGUAUUCUGUACACGCUCUUCUGCCGAUUCCAGGUCCUGAGGCCCGUACGCCUGUGGAACCAAUCACAAGCAACCAGUACGAAAUAGACCCUAAGUGGGAAGUUUCUCGAGGAAGACUAAUGGUAGAAGAAUGCCUGGGUGAGGGUGAAUUUGGCCGAGUACUUAAAGCAACAGCGAGAGACCUUCCGGGAAGCCCAGGUUUUACCACAGUAGCAGUAAAAACCUUAAAAGAUAAUGCUGGUUCCUCAGAGCUUGAUGACCUAAUGUCAGAAUAUCAAUUGCUAAAAGAGGUUUCUCAUCCUAAUGUAAUAAAACUGCUAGGAGCUUGCACGGCACCUGGUGGUCCCAUUUACAUAAUUAUUGAAUUCUGUGGACUUGGUUCCUUGAGGGCAUAUUUAAGAAGACAUAGGAACAUAAAUUCAAAUUCUGAAGCGAUUAAUAGUUUUCAAAAAGUAAAUGAUAUCAGCCCCAGAGAUAUUUUGAGUUUUGCAUGGCAAAUUUCAAAAGGAAUGGCAUACUUAACAGAGAUUAAGCUUGUCCAUAGGGAUUUAGCAGCAAGAAAUAUUUUGUUGGCAACAGGAAAAGUCUGUAAAAUAUCAGAUUUUGGUCUUACGAGGGAUGUAUAUGAAGAUGACACAUAUCUUAAAAAAAGCAGAGGAAGAGUACCUGUAAAAUGGAUGGCUCCAGAAUCACUCAGUGAUCACAUUUACACCAGCAAGUCUGAUGUUUGGAGUUUCGGGAUUGUGUUAUGGGAGUUAGUUACAUUAGGCUCAUCACCUUACCCUGGAAUUGCGGUACAAAAUCUCUACCAUCUAUUAAAGAGUGGAUACAGAAUGCAAAGACCACACAACUGUUCUGAACAGCUAUAUGAAAUAAUGAAUGAGUGCUGGAGUGGAAGUCCAUCUGAGAGGCCUUCGUUUACAUAUCUAGUCGAUAAAUUUGAACGCAUGCUGGAAGAUGGUUCAGACUACCUUGAUUGCAAUAUAAAGAUGGUUUCAAAUCCAUCUUAUUUUGCAUCCAAUGAAGAACAAGGAAUUGAUGGAAAUGAUAUGGACAUCAGAUUCACAAUGGAUCUUAAGAAAACUUGUAAUAAUGAAAAUAUGUCGAAAUAUGAAAAUGAAAUGGUAAACAAAAACACUUCAUAUGAUAUACCAAAACCAAUAUCUUGUAUCGUCAUGUCAGAUCUUUUGAUGAAAGAUGAACAAAGGUAAUUCACUGAAAUAGAUUUGGGCACUAAAAUAAAUAUAACAAAUAUAUGCUUUAUAUAUAUAUUUUAACAUUUAAGUUUUACAUAAAUACAGUGUCCAAACAAUCUGGCUGACUAUUUUUACAACCAAUGGAAAAUUUACGUAUUUUUGUAUUUUAAGGCUAAGACUCUUACUUUUAAUAUUCUAGUCGUUAACAUUUUGUUUUGUUUACGUUUAGCAAUCUAGCAAGAUUUUCUAGACUCAUUUGACUGUGAUUUUUUCUCGCAGAGAGUUUACAUUUUUUAUUUAUUUUUUUAUAAGUUCUAACAUUUAGAUGAGGCAUGCAAUCUAGAAUGAGUGGUAUUACACAAUGCUCGUCUAUAAAAUAAUUACAUAGAUACAAAAAUAAACUCUAUGCGCUAUUUAAUGUAAAUUGUGAUGGAGGUAAAGGCCUGUUUUGUUAAUGAUAAAUUGUAUAGCUUGAAUAUUAGCUUCGUAAAGACUGAAUACAGCAUACCUGUGAGUUAGUAAAUUUAUUGAUAGUUCUGAUAUGUUAUAUUGUAUUGAUUUAUACAUUAAAUUUUUUUUUGUUGUUGAUUGAUUUGAAAAACUAAAACAACAUGAGUUUGUAUCCUUUUUCUAUUUAAUUAAAAUCUAUUCAUUUAAAUCUAUUUAUCAAAAAUUCAUUAAUUAUAAAAAUCACAUCCAUCAACCUAGACUAGAACACCCCCUGCGAGAUUUGAAGAUUUGUCCUGUAAAUUACAUUCCAUUUGUUUUAUUAAAUAUUUUUUAUAUACUAACCAUCUCACAUUCAUUGCCUUCAAUUAAAAUGGCAAAAUAAAAAAAAGUUAAAAAGUAACAAUAUUUAGUAAUGAAGAAAGGAGUGCAGAAGAAGCAAGAGAAAGCGAGUGUUACAAUAUUUCAUCGAUAAAAAAAUAAAGCAAGCAACUGCCAUGUAUGAGCAAAUUUAUUUUUGAGCAAGCAUCGCUUCUAUACGAAUACAAUCACAUGAUUACAAAGCUGUUUAUGUAAGGUUAACAUAGCAUGUAAGAAUUUUCUAUUGCUUCCUGGGUUUCUUUCGACAUAAAUGCUAAGCCAAUAUGUAAAAUAAUGUCAUUUAUAUAUAUAUAUAUAUACAUAAAUAUUAUGCAACAAUUUAUAUAAACUGUAACAAGCUAAGUUAAAAACAUUAUGAGCAAAUUGUAAACACUGUGAAGCUCAUUGUAAAACUGCAAAUAGAUUUGUUUUUAUGUUGUUCAAUUUAAUUAUACACCUCUUACCCUUUUUUUUUUUUUACACAUUUAAGAGAAAGAAAAUCAUGAUCUAUAAUUAUAGGCUAUUAUUAAAAUAUGAGAUAGAAAAAGAGAUGAAAUAUGAUCUAUAUGAAAUAUGAUCGAGGUGAUGACCAAAUGGGUGUGAAUUAACACAUUACUUUUAAAUGAGUUUUCAGGAAAAUGGAUUGUAAUAAAAAAAAAAAAAAAUAUAUAUAUAUAUAUAUUUCUUACUAUAUUUUAGGAUUUAUUUUUCUCAUCUUUAGGAGAGUGAAAAUGAGCAUAAUCAUGAGCAAAAAUAAAAUAACUAAAUAAAUGAAAAUUGAUAAAACAAAUAAUAUAUUUUAUUAAACUAGAAUAACGGAUUUUUUUUUUUUUCUUACCCUCCAAAAUGUUUAUUGAAACAAUUUAUAUAUAUAGUAUACAUAAUAAUACAAUAUAUACAUGUAACAAAUUCCUUCCACUGCCCGAGGGCAUUUUAAGGACUGGGCAGAAUAACGGAAGAAAAACAACAAUAUUAUCAAAUGACAUAAUUAUAUACAAUGGCUGGGAAUAUAUAAAUAUAAUUAAUAUACAUUUUACAUUACAGUAAUUUUUAAACAAAAUAUAAAAUAAAAUUUAACCAGAAGAUGAAAAAGUAAAAUUUCAAAACUCAUAUUUCAAUUUAAUCAAAUGUACAACUGACAGGAGGAGGGGAGAAAAUACUAAACAUAACCUCUCUCACCAAGUUAUGAAAGUGAAGUUACUUUCACUACAUUUUUAAAGAGACUGCGUAAUUCACACCCAAGUGGCCAUAAUCUAAGUAAAAAUAAAUUUUUAACAUGAAAAUUGUAAGUAAUAAAUUAUAAUAAUCUUUAGAAGCAAAUUUGAAGGAAGUAUGGAAUUGGAGGUGGAAAGUGUUUUGGAAGAUGAGGUAUCAUAUGGAAAAAAGAUUUCCAAGCAUUAAUUAUAUAUAUUAAGAAAAUGUUUUAAAUUUGCUUAUUAAAAUAUUCAGCCAUUUAGGACUCGGGAUCAUAAAAAUAAUGGAAGCUCAAUUGCUGAAGAAAAACAACUAGACAUAGAAAAAGCAUAUGUUGAAGAUUAAACAUUUUUUUAUUUUAAUUUUUUUUUUAUUAUAAACAAUAAUCAACAAGCAAGGCAAUUCUUUCAACACUCACUUUAGUUUUUCACUUGACGGAACUGACAUAAUCUGUCUCUUUUUUUAUUUUUAUUUUUUAUUAGUUUUUUAUUUUUUAAAAUUUCAUGUAUAAACAAGGUAACAUUUAACAAUGGCAUUAUUUACAAAGGAUUAAAUAAUACUAUUACACAACAAACUUUAUGUACACUGGUAAUAAGACUUACAAAAUAUUUAUACAAACUUUCAACACUUAUGGGUCUCACCACCUCAAGUACAAGACUAUCUAAAUAAAUUUGGUUUUAGUUACAUUUGCAAUGAACCAGUAAGAAAAUAAUUUUCAAAAAAUAUGACAGACAAUUUACAAACUUUUUAUAUAAAAAACAGUAUCCCAUAUAGGUUUGAGAAUAUAAACUGAGCUAAAAAAUUAGGAAGGGUAUAAACUAACAAACAUGUCAUGUUUGAAUAAUAGUUUAACACAAAUAUCAAGAGAACAAUCACAUAAUCAAAUAAUUAAGUUAAGAUAUAAUAAUAACAACUAAGUAAAGUAUUUUAUUACAAAUUUUGAAUUUUAAAAAUUAAUAAACAAUUGAGGAGGAAUGAGAAUGAAAUGUAAGAUGUAAGUUUAGAGUAGAACUGAUUCCCAUUUUAAAUAACGAUGUGCAAAAAGUAAGCUUUGGAUUCGUUACAAAUCAAUCGAACAGAUUAAAUAUCAAUUGCAGAGUUAUCUCAAUUGGAGUACAAUUUUCACAAAGAAUUGUAAAUCAAAUGAGUAUUAAGGUCUACUGAAAAAAAACAAAAAAAAAACCUUUUCUGGUGGUUUAUUAAAGACUUAAUUGCUACUCGUUGUUGUCAUUUCAAUAUUUUUUCUGAUUAAAAAAUCCAUUUUUUUAAAAUUUAAUUCUUUCCUAUUAGACACAUCAAUGAAGUGCAUUUAAUUAAAAUAAAAAAUGGAUAAAUGCGGGAUAAGGUAGCUAAUAAGUAAAUAAAUGAGGGUGCAAACUAUUAAAUUCAUGGAGUGUCAAUAUCCUUCCAGCGACAUUGUACAGAAUAAAGUAAAAAUUAAUAUAAGGCUAAAACGUUUAGCCACAACUUUUGAUUUUUAAACAAAAAAAAAAAAAAAGAGAGGGAAUCAUUUUGGACAAGUUUAGAUUCUCAUUUAUGAAAGUAAACACCUGUGAGUAAUAACAAUGGCAGUAUAGAGUUUUGCUGUUUUACCCUUAAAUAAAUAAUAGGAAUUAGAGGAUCAUUCAUUGAUCUGUUAAUUGGAAAUACUACCAUAAACUAUUAGCUUUUUCCUUUUCCCCAUAAAAUUUGAAAACGAAAGAGUCAUAAAUAAACUUUUAAUUUAAAGUUUGAAGAUAAUAAGUUUAAAAAAUCAAUAAAAAAUAUUUGAUUUCUCAAAAAGAAAUAAAAGAAACACCUUAAAAUAUAUAUAUAUAUAAAUAAAUGUUUUUUCUAUUUAGAUUUUUAAGUGAAUAUAAUACUUUGAAAGUGAUAAACACAACGUGGAUACUUAAUUUGUUCAAUUGUUGCAUAAAUGAUUUAUAAAUUUUAUUAAUGGCAGGCACAAUUAAGCUUAGCUCAUGUACUUUACGAAGUGAUCACAACCUCAAACCAUCGCAGCGAGAUGAAAUAUCAUUUACCAUUUAAAUCAAACUUAAGAUUCGACAAUACUAACCAUCCUAAAUUAUCCUAAUAAACAUUAUUAUAUAUUUACAUUCAUCAAAAAACAUUUUAUGAAUCAGAUAUUUUUGAUCAUAUUUCCCAGAAAAAAAUAAAGUAUCUAUAAUUGAAUUGAAUUAGUUCUUCGAAUAACGAACGGCUUCAUACAAUAUUUGAUACAUCGCCCGACACAUUCCAUAUAAAAUGCCUAACUAUUGCUAUUAAAGCGACCGAAAGGUUUAGGCAACUAGAUGAGUUCCUAUUGUACUCGAGUAAGGCUAGGCAAGAACCAACGCGCACAUCGAUUAAAUUUUAUAUAGUUCAUUAAAUCUAAGCUUUUUAUUAAGUAAGGGGUGAUUCUUAAAAAACUAGUUUCAUCAUAAUCAUUGAUUCAUUUGCAUUCGUUCCUAAGCCAUUAACUUUUGACUCUCUGAUCCAAAAUUUCAUAAAUACAGCCCGAUAUGUCCACAUACGGAUAUCUUGUUCAUGUUAAAAAAUAGGACAAAUUUGUGGAAAUGCCAUAAUAUGUUACACCAUUUUUUUUUUUUUAAAUAUUAUUUAAUUAUUCAAAUAAUUUUUAAAUUGUAAAUACUUUAAAUUUUAGAACUUUUUUUUUAAUAAUAAAUGGGGUUUAUUUUCUGAGCAAUAUAUAUAAAAGGCCUUGGAAAUACAAUCAUCGCACUUAAUAUUAAUGAAACUAAUGCUAUUCAAAUAAGCGAGUGUAUUAAAUAACAUACACAUCAGUUCAAGUAAUUCUAUAACUAUUAUAUAUUUGCCAAGGCCCCAUUUUUUAAAUUUUAUUUUGUAUAUAUAUAUUUUUUUUUUAUUAUUUUCGAUUAAGGACGCAAAAUAUUUUAUUUAAAAGAAUUUAAAAAUAUUUCAGAAAAUGUACAUCUAUAAUCCUAAAGAUGAGAUGAAUUCAUACUUUUUAUAUCACAUUAGCAUAUUAUUCUUUCAGUAUACAAUAAAUACCAGUUCUAUUUACCUUCAAUCAUGCAAGAUUAUGUUUAACUUAAUUUUUUAAACUUAUUUUUGUUAUUUUUAAUUUAUUAAUUUUUUUUCAAUUUUAUAAAUACAAAUGGCAGUCUAGUUUCAGUUAUAUUUACUAAAAUUAUUAUUAAAAUUUAAAUCACGCUCUAUAUUAAAUAUCAGUUCAUAGCAAUAAUUAACGGCAAAUAAAAAAAUACUUAUAUAUAAAAACCUUUCAAAUUAAUGUUUCAAUGCUGGGAUUUAAUUCUAGAAGCAUUCGAAAUUUAAGUACACCCAAUAUGGCGAAAGACACCAAUUAAAUUAAUAAAUUUGGAGUCAAUUUAAUUAUUUAAUUUUGAUAAUAAGAUGAAUUUUCUUACAUGAACUAAAUGUCACAAGUAGGAAUUCCUUUUAAAACCAUGCAUACUUAAACGCAUAUCACAAUAUCAUAUAAAGCUGGAAGAGUUUUUUUAUUUUAAUGAUUGGACUUAAACUAUACAAUAGUAUUAAUACUUUUUAUAUAUUUUUUAAAUAUGUAAAUAAAAUACUAAAAAAGUAAACAGAUUCUAGGGGUGUAAUAAAAAUUGAAAUUUUUUAAUGGAGAAAUGAAAAUUUUGAGAAAAUAUAUAACCCUCAUAAUUUCCUUUAGAGAAUGAAAAAAUAACUUAAUAGAAGUAUUGAAUGCGAUUAAUUUAAAUACGAAAAAAAAUUUAAAAUGAUUAAGGGAAACAAGUUCUAAUAAAAAUUACCUCCUCACUCUAACUAAUUUCAUUAUAAUUUUCAACGUAAUUUAUCAUUGACUAGAUAAAAAGAUGUUUGGUAUAAUUUGUUCUUGAUAAAAUAAAAUAAAAAAAAGCAAAAGUAAAAUUAGAUAUAAAACUAUCUAAACCUGAAUUUCUACUUAAAGACAAAAUCAAUUUGAUUAAGACAAGACAGCAUAUUUUCAAUAACAUAAUUAAAAAAAACAAAAAUUUAAAAAUCAUGUACCGACAGUAUCUGGUUUGUUUUGAGUUUCAAAAUUCAAAUACAAUAAAGAAUGGACUUUUAGAUUAAGUAGAAUUUCAGCUAAAAGUACACCAUCUUUCAUGGUGUGAAAACUAUAAAUAAAAAAAACAAACAGAUAUUUUAAUAAUAUGAUAAAAACAUUAAAUGCUAACACCAACUUAAUAUAUUUUCUUAAAUGAAUUUGUUGGCAGAUCACAGCAUUAUUAAAUAACAGUUCGGAAGCCAGUAAUAAUAAUAUACAUAUUUACAAAAAACAAUUACUUCCUAAGUAAAUACUGGUAUAUAAGCUUAUUAAUAUAUAUUAAAAAAAAAAAAGAAAGAAAUCCUGGUAACAGCCUUUAGAACUUAUAAAUUAAUUACGCAAUAAAUUUUCGUUGUAAUUCAUUUAAGUUAGUUGUGAUCAAAAAUAUGUAUCCCAUAAAUUUCCAUUAAAUCUGCUUUGUUCUUUCUCCUUUCAUAACAUAAAUGGAAGGUAUAAUUUAUAAUGGAAAUGGAAUACAGCCAUAAUUUGUUAUUGUUCUUUCAUUAUAAAAAAUAAAUUUAUCCAGAAAUUUCGUAAUAGGAUAUUACUCAAAAUGUUUUUGGAAUUAAAUAUAGACGUCUAAGCAUUCAGCAAAGGAUCAAUUUCACUUAUUAAUGAAUCUAUCUGUUUCUAGACCAUAAAAAAAAAAAUAAUAAUUUGAAUAUUGAAGAAUAAAGUAUUAAUUUGAAAAGAAAAAUAACUUCUGAUGAUUCAUUAAUAUUAAUUUUGUUUUUUAUUUAUUUCAUUACUAUUUUUUUACUACAUUGAUAUUUAAGAUCACGAGGACAUAAAUGAAAAAACAAAACAAUUUUUUUUGGUAAAUUAUAAAACAAUAAAAGAAAAUAAAAACUAAAAAACUUGGAAAGUUAUUCAAUGGAAAUAUUAAAACUUGAAAUAGAACAACAUUGAAAUCAAAUAAAAAUAAAACAGCAAUGACUUUGUUUGAAAUAUAAAUAAACGCCAUUAUAAUUAGUUUAAAAUUUUUUACAUAAAUUUUAAUUUCAAAUAAAUAACCUUAAUAUUAUUGUGAGAAAUGUUGGUAGAAAAAAUUAUAAAAUGAAGGAAAGAAAAAAAAAUACUGUUUUUUUUUAUAGCUUUUGAGUCAAUUAACAGAAAUUUGAGAUUCUAAUUCAAAAAGAAUAAUAUAUCAUUUUUUAAAAAUAAAAAUAUUAAAGCAAAUAAGAAUCAUUCUAUGUUAUUUAAACAAUGGACCAAUCAACUAAUUUUUGGGUUAGAAACAAAUUUGGAAAGUUAACUAUUUCUUUUUUCCAAUAGGAAACGAAAGAAAGGCGACCUUAAACCAGAUCUGGAAUAAUUAAUAUUCAAAUACAAUUUUUUUGAUCAUAUUGGAAAACCUAUAUUUCUGACUAAUCACGUUGAGGAUUCAUCAUCCAUCAAACUCAUACUAUAUUAGCACUUGGAACCAUUACAUUAAAUAAAGAUUUUAAAUAAUUUUUUUUUUAUAAUUUUGAAUACAAAAUAUAAAUUUUUUUGGUAUAAUAGAAAAAAAAAAAGGACAGAACUACUACUCAAAUAAAAGAAAUUCCUAAAAUACUUCAAAAACACCUAGACAUCUUUCAAACAAAGGUGACAGAUUAAAAUAAAAAAAAUAUGUAGGUUUGGAAAAAUUUUAAACAAUAGUUAACAUUACAAAAUAAGAUAAUAAUGAUUUAACAAAGAUAAAGAAUUCGAUAAAAAAACAAAAUUUAAUAUAAAAAUAAAGGUUAAUGAGAUUCAAUAAUAUAGUUAGCCAAUAAUUCAGUAUUACUGGCUAUAGCAAUAAUCAUAAAAUCCUCACAAUUUCAAUAAUUCAUGCAACAAUCAUUACUUGCAAGAUCUAUUAUCUACAAGUACAAUAAAGACCGUCUUUGAAUAGUGGUAACAACCAAAAACUACAAACAUAAAACUCUAUAAAGUUAAACAUAAAAAAUAAAUAAGUUUUAAAUGCAUCAAUCUCUAAGGAAUCUGUGAACACUUCACAAAUCACCUACAAUGGAAUGUUGAUGUAUAAAAUGAAACAUAUCAAAAGGACUGCAGCAACUGGAAUAUAGUUUUUAAAAACUUUCUGGCAAGCUAUUUGUCACAUCUUUCGGAAUAAUUUCUCUUUGAUUUAAAUAAAUAAAGCUUUUGGCCAAAAUAUGACAUAGUUUAAUGAAAUAAAAAUCACAAGGUAAUGUUUCUUUACUAGCAGAGUAUCAAAAUUAAAGAAGUAACAGUUUUUGAUUUUAAAUAAAGCACGAUUAUUUCAUAUAAAAAUGAAAAAGACCAAAAGGUACAUUUACAAAAACCAGUUGAAUAACUUUUAAAAAGCAUAUGAAGUAUAAAAUAAAAAACAAAACAAAUAUUUUCACCUAAUCAAAUAUUUUGUUAACUUGAAAUCAUUUCAAAUAUUGCCAAUAAGAAUUAUCAUUGAUAACCUAGCUGAAAACACAUUUUAUCAUAAGCUACAAACUUUUUCUUUUCUGAUAUUACCAGAACAUUGAAAAAAAAGUAAUAUAAGUACAUUGACAAGUUUUUUGUUUAAAGUAUAGAGGUACAAGGAUACUAUACAUCAUAUAUAAAAUCAUAAAAUUAAUAAUCCUACUAUCUUAACAAAAUUUGUAGGAUUUUUUAUUAACAAAAAAAGUUCUUGAGGCAUAAAGUUUUUAAAAAAAUAAUAAUCAGACAUAGCACUAACUACUCACCGAGAAAACUGAAAUGAUCCAUACUCUGAUCAGAAUCGUCUGUGUCUGACUGAUAUUGCUUUGAAGAGACUAGAUCGAGCUCGCUGGCCGAAUGAGUGUUGCAGCAGGGUGAUACAGCUCUGCCAUCGUCUUCCUCUUCGGUGUGGGGUGGAGGCACAGCUUUAGGUGGGGGGUGGAUCGGUGGUGGCAAGGGCGGCUCCACUUCUUCCACUUUGGCGGCACGUUCCAAGGCGCUGAGGAACCCAGCACCAUGGUCACACUGGCAAGCAGAGCCCACUAACACUAGCACGGGGUCCAAGUCUCGUGGAAACAGGUAC